AUGAGCCUUUUGCAAGGCACCAAUGAUCUUAUUAGUGACCUAAGUGAUGUAGAGAAGCGUGAGAUACCUCUAAUUGAUCUCAAACGUUUAAAACUUGACCAACUUGAGAGAGAAGAAUGCAUGAAAGAAAUCACUGAAGCUGCUAGAAAAUGGGGUUUUUUCCAAGUUGUGAAUCAUGGAGUUUCACAAGAGGUGCUAAAGAACAUGCAGUUUGAAGAAAAGGAAGUGUUCCGAACACCUUUUGGAAUUAAAUCACAAGAGAAUUUUUUGAACUUGCCUUCUAGAACUUAUAGGUGGGGCAACGCUUCUGCCAUUAAUCCAAAACAACUUAUGUGGUCAGAAGCAUUACACAUAUUUCUUCCUGAUAUAGAAAAAAUGGACCAACACAAAAGUUUGAGAUCAAGUAUUGAAUCUUUUGUAAAAGUAGUUACCCCUCUGGCAGAGAACUUGGUGCAAAUUCUAGCUCAAGAGCUGAACAUAAACUUCAGCUAUUUCCAACAGAAUUGUUCAGCAAAUACUAGUUAUCUUCGCUUGAAUAGAUAUCCACCAUGUCCAUUUCCUUCAAAGGUGAUUGGCCUUUUACCUCAUGCUGAUACUAGUUUCAUUACUAUAGUUCAUCAAGAUCAUAUUGGGGGAUUGCAAUUAAUGAAAGAUGGAAAGUGGAUUAGUGUCAAACCUAAUUCUGAAGCUCUCAUUGUUAAUGUUGGAGAUUUAUUCCAGGCACUAAGCAAUGGACUGUACACGAGUGUUGGACAUCGAGUGGUAGCUGCUGAGAAAGUGGAGAGGUUUUCUUUGGCAUAUUUCUAUGGCCCUUCCAUUGAUGCUGUGAUAGAGAGCUAUGCCACGCCGCCACUUUAUAGAAAAUUUACAUUUGGAGAGUACAAAGAGCAAACAAUGAAAGAUCUUAAGGAAGGUGGUGAUAAAGUGGGGAUAUCUAGGUUUCUCUUAUAGAAAAUAUAAUAGAAGAAGUAAGAAAAAAGUGAGCCAAAGUAAUGAUGAUGAAGUUGGCAUCUCCCACUCAUAUUUUCGACAAGUUUUUAUUUUCCUCUCAUCUUAUGGGUUCUUUUUCUUCUUGAUUUUCAAUAAUGAGUAUGAGUUUAAUUAAAAUACUUGUUUGAUUGGUAGGUUAAGUUAAGA